AUCAUCCACACGAAAAUGUAGAUGUACGUCAUCAAAAACGAUUCUUUUUAAAAACUCCGACCAAAGGGAGGAUUUGCGAAUUCUCCCUUUUAUGCGUCUGCAUGUGGACAUCAGUAACCGGGGUUUUGCGUUUCGAAACGUCACCGCCUGCGACAAAAUAUGUGCUUACGUCACAUAUGCGACCUGUGUUUACAUUCGGUAACAGUAUGGAUGCUCUCACAAGGUUUUGGACGCUGUUUCUUGUACAGGCGCUUUUUACUUGCUCGUUUUUACAAGACCAGAUACCGCUCCACAUUCAACAACACAGAAGGACGACGUUAAGGACGGUUAUUCUUCACCACCUUGCUAGGAUUUGGGGAACUACUGCCACCUAAAGGUCCGGCAUGCUUAUGAAUGUGCUGAAAAACGCACUUAUGCGGUUAGGUGUGGAUGAAGUUUUUUUUCUAAAAACGAGGUGGUGUGUACGUAAGUUUUUUUCUAGACGGAGGGGGAAGGAUAUUUGGUUUUACAAAAACCCGGCUACGUGUGGACAAGGCCUGAGAUCGUCGGCAAGACCCUUGAUGCUUUGACAGGUUUGUACUGUGGAAUGAACGGAAGGUGUCUCGCUAUGUGAGCUACACGGAAGUGUGAUCACAGCGUGUCUCCCUGAGCGUGAAUGACAGGAGGCUGGAGGAGCGUCUCUCUCCGAGGACAGGCUCUGAUCACAGCUGAUCAACAUGGCACCCAGAGACCCUCUGCUCGGCACUCUGAAGGUGUGCGUCCUGAACCUGCAGGCUGAUGGAGAGAUGGUGACAGACUCCAACCCACACCUCGCCUCCUGCUGUGAGCUCCUAGAGCUGAUCCUCAGGAAGGGGCUCCAACAGCCAGUUCUCAGUCUGGUGCACAGAGAUUACUGGCAGUGUUUUGAACAACUUCCACACCAAGAUGUCUGCGGCAGGCUGUCUGCCCUGUCCUUGGUGGUUGAGCAGACCAGAGUUUGCAGGAAGCUGCUUUCAGCUCAGGGCCGAGGUCGCUACCUGCUCAGACUGGCCCUCAGCCGCAAGACCCUGCCACAGUUCUUCACACACCUGCUGCACACACCCAGAGUCCUGGAGUGGUAUAGCCCAGCUUUAUCAAUUCUCAGGAAUGAGGAGUUUGUGGAGCCUUUCAUGUCACUGCUGCUGGUCCUGUCUCACAUGGAAUUCAAACUGGACAUGGAGAACUGCAGUUUUCUGGAUGAGAGCUGGCUUCUACCAGUGUGUGAGCUGUAUGAAGUGGUGCCCUGUCGGGAGGUAGGGAUGGUUCUGAGGUAUCUCAGUGGACGUGUCUUCGUCCUUGACCUGAUGCCUGGCAGUCAGGCUCAUGUCGACAAGUUCAUCUCUCCUGGUGACAUUAUUGAUGAGAUCAACGGGACCUCGCUCAGAAAUUCUAAAAAUGGGCAGGCAGGUGUGGUUUUGUCUCGGCUGAAGGGCUGCCCUUUGUCCAUCCGUGUUAUGAGGUGGAGGGCCCAUGAUGGAACAGUGUAUCGGCCCCUUAUUAAACUCCUGCGGGCUCUGAGGGUGGAGAACCCCACUCUGCAGCUCGGUCCUGCUCCCUCCGAACAGACCUCCAGUAGAGACCAGAAGCCUCCUCCGUCACAGUGUCUCAAAGAGGGAAGGAUUGUGUACAUUGUGCAGUUCUUGGGAAAAGCAAACAUUGGAAUGUUUGGAGGCAAGGAGGUGCUGCAGCAUGCAAUCCCACAAGUGUUGCAGAAAAACCUGCCCAGCAAGGAUGUGCUCUUAGAUAUGAAGGAAACACAUCUGACGUGCACAGACAGAAACAGUAAACUGGAGCUCUUUGAGCAUCAUUAUCCAGAGAUUUCAUGUGUGGGGAGAUUUGCUCAACCAGACUAUACAAUAUUUGCCUUCUGUGUGGCAGACUCCCCAGAAACUCCUCAGUCCACAGGCUUCUGCUGUGUGGUCCUCAAAGCCAGCACCAUCAAGGAGUGUGAGGAGAUAGUCUGCCGUAUUGCAACUGGUUUCAAACAUACUGAAUGGUUUGUAUGACAAAACACCAACUGCAAAUAAAACGUGUGAUGAAUCACGCA